AUGUCCACGGAGGAUAAGAUCGACGCGCUCAUCGUGCGCCUGCACGAGAUCGAGGCGGUCAAGUUUGGCGAGUUCACGCUCAAGUCCGGGCUCGUGUCGCCCAUCUACGUCGACCUGCGCGUCAUCGUGUCGUACCCGGACGUCCUCGCCUCCGUCGCGGGAUGCAUGUGGGAGGUUCUGAAGAGGAACGGCGCGGAGUUCGACAACAUGUGCGGCGUGCCGUACACCGCGCUGCCGAUCGCCACGUGCAUGUCCUUGAACAACGAUUGCCCGAUGCUGAUGCGACGCAAGGAGGUGAAAGACUACGGCACGAAGAAGGCGAUCGAGGGCGCGUUCACGUCGGGGCAGACCUGCCUCAUCGUCGAAGACCUCGUGACCUCCGGCGCGAGCGUGAUGGAGACCGUGGAGCCGUUGAACGACGUCGGGUUGGUCACGAAGGACGUCGUCGUCCUCAUCGACCGCGAGCAGGGCGGCGAGGCUCGGUUGCGAUCGCACGAUCUCCGCCUCCACGCGGUGCUGCCGCUGUCGCGGGUGCUGAAGACGCUCGAGGCGAAGAACCUCAUGAGCGCGGAGCUCGUCGCGACCGUGAAGGCGUUCAUCGCGGCGAACCAGACGGGGCCGAACGCGAGCGGGAACGAGAUGGGCGCAGCCGCGGCGCCGACGCCCGCCGUCUUCAAACGCGAUUCCUACGAACACCGAGCCACGCUGACGGAGAACAAGUGCGCGAAAGAUUUGUGGAACCUCAUGGCGAGGAAGAAGACCAACUUGUGCGUCGCCGCGGACGUCGGCACGGCGAAGGAGCUCAUCGUGCUCGCGGACAAGAUCGGCCCGGAGAUUUGCAUCCUGAAGACGCACUGCGAUUUAUACCCAGACUUUGACGACGCGUUCGGCGCGACGCUCCUGGAGCUCGCCGCGAAGCACGACUUCAUGAUCUUCGAGGACCGCAAGUUCGCGGACAUCGGGAACACGGUCGUCGGGCAGUACUCCUCCGGCGUGCACAAGAUCGCGGACUGGUCGCACAUCACGAACGCGCACAUCGUCCCCGGCGCCGGCAUCAUCGACGGCUUGAAGCAAGUCGGGCUGCCGAAAGGCCGCGGGUUGUUGCUCCUCGCGGAGAUGUCCAGCGCGGGGACGAUGGCGAAGGGCCAGUACACCGAAGACGCGAUCGCGAUGGCGGCGAAGCACCCGGAUUUCGUCAUGGGGUUCAUCUCCACGAGACCUUCCGCGUGGAAGGGCGCGUGGUCCCGCGGGCUGGUGCAGAUGACGCCCGGGGUGCAGCUCGGCGGCGGCGGGGACGGGUUAGGGCAGCAGUACAACACCCCCGACCGCGUCAUCAAAGAGUGCGGAUCGGACGUGAUCAUCGUCGGGAGGGGGAUUUACAAGGCUGCGGAUCCGGUCGCGUCCGCGGCGGAGUAUCGCAAGGCGGGGUGGGACGCGUACGUCUCCGCGUUGUGA